CCGAGCCAGUCCCCAAAGCCCAGGAGGGGACCGAGGCGGGCGCGCUCCUGCUCUGCGAACCCGCGGGGCCCGUGUAUACUGCUGGACUGCGGGGUGGCCUGACGCCCGAGGAAACCGCGCGCUUGCAGGCCUUGGGUGCCGAGGUGCGCGCCACAGGCCGUGGAGGCCUGGCCACCUUUCACGGUCCGGGCCAGCUGCUCUGCCACCCGGUGCUCGACCUACGACGUCUCGGCCUGCGCCUGCGCACCCACGUGGCGGCGCUGGAGGCGUGCGCCGUGCGCCUGUGCCAGCUCCAGGGCCUGCAGGGAGCCCGCGCGCGGCCCCCGCCCUACACCGGCGUCUGGCUGGGCGGGCGCAAGAUCUGCGCCGUAGGGGUCCGCUGUGGAAGGCACAUCACGUCCCAUGGCCUGGCGCUGAACUGUUCCACAGACCUCACGUGGUUUGAGCACAUUGUGCCCUGUGGUUUGGUUGGGACAGGGGUCACUUCCCUGAGUGAGGAGCUGCAGAGGCAUGUCACUGUGGAUGAAGUAUUGCCACCCUUCCUCGUGGCCUUUAAGGAGACCUACAGAUGCACCUUGAUCUCAGAAGACAGC